AUGAUGAGUUCUUCAGCGCAAGGAGCACCGAGAGCACCGGUAGUACCCACAAUACCUACAACAUCAAAUGAUGAUAGAAAAAAAGGAUUAAGUCGAGUUUUAGGACGAAUGAAGACAGUUUUAAAAAGAAGUGAUGGAUCAAAAAGAUUAUCAUUUGCUGGAAAGUCUUCAACUUCAACUACAGGAGAACCAAGUGUCCCCAAAUCCACUGAUCAAGCAUCCAAAUCAAAACCAAUACCAAAAUCAACACCAACGCCAACGCCAGAACCAUCUAAGGAAAUACCCAUCACCAUUCCCACUGUCGACGAAACGAAACAAACUACUGAUACCACUACCAAAACCGCUACCAAAACCACUACUUCUAGCGCAACAAAACAACAACAACCUAAAUCCAAAUCCAAAUCUCAAUCUGAAUCUCAAUCUCAAUCCCAACCAACAAAAGUUUCUCGAGCAGAAAUUAAUGCUGAAAGAGCUCGAAAAUUAGCUGAACGUUUUCAAUUACAAAUCGAACCUCAUGAAUGGCAAUCUCUUACUGGAGAAAAAGAUGUUUGGAGAAUCGAAAAACCUAUUCGAAUGAGAAUUCAUAGAUCUUGUCAUAAAUGUGAUACAACAUAUGGUGCCAAUAAAAUUUGUACCAAUUGCGAACAUCCAAGAUGUACAAAAUGUCCCAGAUAUCCUUUAAAGAAAAAGGAUAAAGGAAGAACUGCAGUUGCCAAUACAGGACCAACAAAAGUGGAAGUUGAUAGAGAAUGGAAAAAAUCCGAGAAAUUAAUCAUGACUUUACCAAGUCAAAAAGUGGGUGGUCAACCUUUGGUUAGGAAAAAACCUACUCAAAGAGUUAGAAGAACUUGUCAUGAAUGUUCCACUCUUUUUACUUCUGGAAAUAAAAUUUGUACAACUUGUUCUCAUACUCGUUGUGCUGAUUGUCCUCGAAAUCCAUCCAAGAAAACGAAAUAUCCCGAUGGCUACCCUGGUGAUCAACCAUCCUCUACAAACAAAAAAUUCGCAUGUCAUAAAUGUGAUAAAACUUUCCCUCAAAAUUCCUCAUCGGAUCCAAAGUCUAGCAUGCAAGAAUGUACAAGGUGUAAGCAUGUUAGAUGUGAUAUGUGUAUGAUAGCUGUUCCGCGGAAAGUAGUACCGGAACCGGAUCCGGAGGUGUUGAGGAGAGUAGAGGAGAAAUUGAGGGGUUUGAGUAUUAGACGGCCGAUGACUGUGAAUGUGGGAAGUGGGAAGGGAAGCGGGAAGUGGUAA